AUGAGUCGGGACAGCCUCCCGUCACUCCUCUUGCUGCCCUUUCCUCCUGAUCCUGCCACUCGGCCUGCACUGAGUGCUGCUUACCGUCCGGCCCUGGAGGCUACCUUUGCCAAGCUCAAGAAUGCCCCAGCAGCGCAGAAGCUCAUCGUGGCCGUGGCUUGCCCGAUGCUAAGAGGACCGGGCCCGCGGUAUAAAACUCUCUCAUGGCCCCAGGCCCAGUCGCUCCUUGCCGGCCUCUACUCCAUAAUCUCUGUUGUCUGUGCUGAGUUGGAUAUCCCCUCGUACUUGAAUGGUGGCCGCGGCUCUGUCGACGCUCGGGUGGUGCUCGUCGACCACAGCCGGACAACACGCUAUGGACAGGAUUUCCGGGCCGCCGUUGAGUCCAACAACACGGCUAUUGUUGACCUGGCAACUUUCGCUUCUACUUAUUACCCUUGGAAUUUCAUCUUCAACGCUGACAGCGAGCUCUCACACGAGAUCCACGCCCUAUAUCUGAAGCUAGCCGAGAAACGGCAAACAUUGCUGCAAGAACAACUUAUCACUGUCAAGGCCGGUGUGACUCUCAAUGUGCCGAGCUUGGGUGGGCCGCCGUCACCGACACCCGGUACAAUGCCUCACGCAACAGUAUGUCUCGGUGGCACGUUCGAUCACCUGCACCCCGGCCACAAGUUGCUAUUGACAGCAGGGGCAUACCUCCUGGACAUCCCGGAGAGCGGGUCGUCCACCACCUGCAAGUAUAUUAUUGGUAUCACGGGCGAUGAGCUUCUCAAGAAUAAGAAGGGUGCCGAGUUCCUCGAAUCCUGGGCCGACCGCGCACGAAACGUCAUCAACUUCCUCGCAACCGUACUGGAGCUGUCCCCAGAAGGCUGGGAGAAGGUUCCGGCACCGCACAUUGCUGAGAAAGACGGUGAAUUCACUGCAACGUUCCGAGACGAGGCUGUCACUAUCCAAUGCGUCACGAUACAAGACCCUUUCGGUCCUACCAUCACCCAAGAGGACAUGGACGCGUUAGUUGUGUCAGCUGAGACAAGGUCCGGCGGGAAAGCAGUCAACGACAAGAGAGCCGAGCAAGGGUGGAAGCCGCUUGAGAUCUUUGAGGUUGAUGUGCUAGAUGCCAAAGAGAUCACCGAUGUUCCGUCAUCGACUGAGAACUUCGCAAACAAGAUCAGCAGCACAGCGAUCAGACAGGAGAUAGCCCGGGGCCCGGCAAGUCGGUGA